CAGCCCAUUGGCCGGCCGCGGAGUGUCGGUGAAGUCAGCGCCGAGUGCCAGAAAAACAGAGCGGGGCCAACUGCAGCGUGUAGUGCGAGUGGGGCAGGACGCGCUCAGACCGCCCGCCCGCCCGGCGACCCGCAAGAGCAGUUCAGAGCCCCAGUUGCAGAAGACUUGUCCUGUUACCACCAUGAGCUCUGAAUGUGAUGUUGAUGCUUCUAAAGCCGUGGUGAACGGUUUGGCACCAGGCAGCAAUGGGCAGGACAAAGCAACUGCCGACCCUUUACGUGCACGCUCUAUUUCUGCUGUUAAAAUAAUUCCUGUGAAGACAGUGAGAAACUCUUCAGGCCUAGUACUCCCUCCAGAUAUGGAUCCUACAAAAAUCUGCACCGGGAAGGGAGCGGUGACUCUCCGGGCCUCAUCCUCUUACAGGGAAAUCCCGAGCAGUAGCCCUGUGAGCCCUCAGGAAACCCCGAAACACGAAAGCAAACCAGUUCUGGAGUCAGAGAAUUCCUCAGCAGAUGAAUGGAGGCUUUCUUCCAAUGCUGAUGCCAAUGGAAACGCCCAACCCUCUUCACUUGCUGCCAAGGGCUACAGAAGUGUGCAUCCCAACCUUCCUUCCGACAAGCCCCAGAUUCUCUUUCCCCCACACCCUCCUCUUCCUAAAGAGGACCGCUUUGCAUGGCAGCCCCCCACCGUCUGUGGUCCCUAUAAGGACUCCCUCUACCGGCGCUCACCAAAGCCUUACGUCCCACCCAGCACCCCCAGCCAGCAGAAUCGCUCACGACCUCAGCCUGUCUCUGUCCCCCUGGCAGCCAGAUCAGCUCCCAAAGGUGUGGUGCGUCCUGGGCCCUCGCUUCUGGGUUCCACAUUCCCUAUUGCUUCAUCCCAGCCGCGGCACCACUAUGUAGCCAGCAGGACAGUUUAUAGUGAGAAUGUGAGCUCUAACCCACGUCAUGAGGCAGUUGGGAAUAAAAAGGUCAGCAGCUUAUAUGUACCUUGUUUAUCCAAUAACAUUUGCCCAGUGGCAUCGGAAAACUCCUCUUGUGUUGCACGUGAUCCAGCCACAGGCACUCCCUUGGAAGCUGCAGCCACUCGAGCACCAGCUCCCAGCAUUGCCUCCCGCACAGCCGGCAAGGAAAAGCCACUCUCUGUUCCUCCUCCUGACCCUCCCAAGCUAUUCUUUGACAUCCAUAAAGAUGGCGAGAGUCCUUUCCCGGGCACUCGGCCUUCGUUCCCAGACGCAGUGAGACCACCUGUCCUAGGCCCCCAGGUUACCUCUGAUCCCGAAAACCGGAAGAGAAAAGAACCUUACCUUUUGCAGCCGUGUUAUCCAGCCAAGGAUGCCACUUCCUCCAGCCCAGCCCAGCCGGAGGUAAUAGUUGUCCCUCUCUACCUGGUUAAUACUGACAGAGGGCAAGAAGGCACUACCAGACCUCCAGCAUCUCUGGGGCCAGUUGGCCCCCCAAUCCCGGCGACCGCCCUUGCCGGCUCACCUCUGACCUUGCCGACUCUAGAUGAUUUCAUUCCCCCUCAUCUGCAGAGGCGGGCCCACCACAGCCAGCCAGCCAGCGCUCCUGGCUCCUUACCCCCCGUUAGCCAGACACCACCAUCCUUCUCACCACCACCUCCGCUGGUCCCUCCGGUACCAGAGGGCCUCCGCAGAGUCUCGGAGCCUGACCUCACGGGAGCUGUUUCAAGUACCGCUUUGAGUCCUCUACUAAAUGAAGUUUCUUCGUCCCAUGUUGGAACUGAUUCCCAAACCUUUGCACCUGUUAGCAAGCCAUCAUCUGCCUACCCCUCCACAACAAUUGUCAAUCCUACAAUUGUGCUCUUGCAACACAAUCGAGAACAGCAGAAACGACUCAGUAGCCUUUCAGAUCCCGUCUCAGACAGAAGAGUGGGAGAGCAGGCCUCAGCACCAACCCAGGAAAAACCCACCUCACCUGACAGGGCUGCUGAAAAAAAGGCAAAGGAUGACAGUUGGCGGGUGGUUAAGAGCGCUCAGGACCUAAGCGAUGUUUCCAUGGAUGAAGUAGGCAUCCCACUCCGGAAUACCGAGAGAUCAAAAGACUGGUACAAGACCAUGUUUAAACAGAUCCACAAACUAAACAGAGACACUCCUGAAGAAAACCCUUAUUUCCCUACGUACAAAUUCCCUGAACUUCCUGAAAUCCAGCAAAAUUCUGAAGAGGGCAAUCCUUACACUCCUACCUACCAGUUUCCUGCAUCUACUCCUAGUCCUAAAUCUGAAGAUGAUGAUUCAGAUCUGUACUCUCCUCGAUACUCCUUUUCUGAAGACACAAAAUCACCCCUUUCCGUGCCUCGCUCAAAAAGUGAGAUGAGCUACAUUGAUGGUGAGAAGGUAGUGAAGAGGUCGGCCACACUUCCCCUCCCGGCCCGCUCUUCCUCGCUAAAAUCAAGCCCAGAAAGAAACGACUGGGAGCCCCCAGAUAAGAAAGUGGAUACAAGAAAAUACCGUGCAGAGCCCAAAAGCAUUUACGAAUAUCAGCCGGGCAAGUCCUCCGUUCUGACCAACGAAAAGAUGAGUCGGGAUAUAAGCCCAGAAGAGAUAGAUUUAAAGAAUGAACCUUGGUAUAAAUUCUUUUCGGAAUUGGAGUUUGGGAAACCGCCUCCCAAAAAGAUAUGGGAUUAUACUCCUGGAGACUGCUCUAUCCUUCCUAGAGAGGAUAGAAAGACUAAUCUAGAAAAAGAUCUCAACCUCUGCCAGACACAGUUAGAGGCAGAUUUAGAAAAAAUGGAGACGCUUAAUAAAGCACCCAGUGCAAACCUGGCACAGAGCUCAGCAGUCAGCCCCACUCCGGAAAUUUCUUCAGAGCCUCCUGGAUAUAUAUAUUCUUCCAACUUCCACGCAGUAAAGAGGGAAUCAGAUGGGGCUCCUGGGGACCUGGCUAGCUUGGAGAACGAGAGGCAGAUUUAUAAAAGCGUCCUGGAAGGUGGAGACAUCCCUCUCCAGGGCCUGAGUGGGCUCAAGCGACCAUCCAGCUCGGCCUCCACUAAAGAUUCAGAAUCACCAAGACAUUUUAUACCAGCCGAUUACUUGGAAUCCACGGAAGAAUUUAUUCGAAGGCGUCAUGAUGAUAAAGAGAAACUUUUAGCGGACCAGAGACGACUUAAACGAGAGCAAGAAGAAGCCGAUAUUGCAGCUCGACGCCACACGGGCGUCAUUCCGACGCACCAUCAGUUUAUCACUAAUGAGCGCUUUGGGGACCUCCUCAAUAUAGACGAUACGGCAAAAAGGAAAUCUGGGUCAGAGAUGAGACCUGCCAGAGCCAAAUUUGACUUUAAAGCUCAGACACUAAAGGAGCUUCCUCUGCAGAAGGGAGACAUCGUUUACAUUUACAGGCAGAUUGAUCAGAACUGGUACGAAGGCGAGCACCACGGCCGGGUGGGCAUCUUCCCACGCACCUACAUCGAGCUGCUUCCUCCUGCUGAGAAGGCUCAGCCCAAAAAGUUAACACCAGUGCAGGUUUUGGAAUAUGGAGAAGCUAUUGCUAAGUUUAACUUUAAUGGUGACACACAAGUAGAAAUGUCCUUCAGGAAGGGUGAGAGGAUCACGCUGCUUCGACAGGUGGAUGAGAACUGGUACGAAGGGAGGAUCCCAGGGACGUCCCGACAAGGCAUCUUCCCCAUCACUUAUGUGGAUGUGAUCAAAAGGCCACUGGUGAAAAACCCCGUGGAUUACAUCGACCUGCCUUUCUCCUCCUCCCCAAGUCGUAGUGCCACCGCAAGCCCACAGCCUUCUCAUCAUUCAUUGAGAGCAGGACCUGAUCUCACAGAAUCUGAAAAGAGCUAUGUGGAAGCAGUUUGCAAUGAGAUCAUAAACAUUGCCGAAAAAUCUGUUCAUUACUGCAGCACUGUUUCUCAUCCCCUUGACUUUCAUCACAAGGUAUCCCCAUCUGACAAUAAAUCAUCUUUAAUCAUUUCUCAGCAACCUCAAGCCCAGCAGCGAAGAGUCACCCCAGACAGGAGUCAAACCUCACAAGAUUUACUUAGCUACCAAGCACUGUAUAGCUAUAUACCACAGAACGAUGAUGAAUUGGAACUCCGAGAUGGAGAUAUUGUUGAUGUCAUGGAAAAAUGUGAUGACGGAUGGUUUGUUGGUACUUCAAGAAGGACAAGGCAGUUUGGUACUUUUCCAGGCAACUAUGUAAAGCCUUUGCAUCUAUAAGAAGACUGAAAACCACAGAGAUUAUUUUUACUGGAGGAUGAAGCAUAAAACACAAACCGGUCUCUUUAUUUAAACAUUGAGUCAGUAGGAGAACUAAUGUAGUGGAUAAAGUAAGAAGCAAAAGAGAGGACAGAGAAGUGUUGUGUCUAAAAUCCGAGUCUGUCUAAGCUUACUGUGUAUCAGACGGGGCUGAACUAUGCGCUGAGCAAAAAGGAAUGAGGCAAAUCUGUAUUUACUUAGCUGCUUCUGGGAGCCACUCCAGCCUUCCCCUCCUCCCCGCUUCUUGGGUAAUCUGACCUGCAGCACAGUCCAGGAGCAGUUAGCCCAGCAAUGCCUCUUAUUGCCCCAGCCUUGACCAGCUCUGGCUCAAAGGGGUCGUUUAGCCUGAAGCAGCCCUUGGAGCACCAAGCAGAUCCCCAGCCAUUUUCCAAAGGCUGUACACGCAGACUCCUCCAGCCUCCAUCCCCAGCAGCCCCAGAGCCCACUGAACCCCCAACGCUGCUGGAGAUCCAUCUGGGCUGUCUAGGCCAUCCCUAGACAGUGAUGGAGGCCCCAAACUACCCAAGCCAAGUCCUUCACUGGACCUGCUGAGGUACGGGGGGAAGUGGAGGCAAAAUUUAGGCGUCCUGUGGAUUCAGCUUGUGUGCAGCAUUGCCAUUGACGCCCCUGGUGUUCAGAUAGAAAAGCACACAAGGUUUGCCCAUGGGAGCGGGUGGCCAGGCGGAUAGACAAAUUUGUAUGUCCAAGUGAUUAAGUCAAGAAGCCCCGUAGCUCUUGAGGUCACUGGCAGUGUGCUCCUUUCCCACAUCACUGGCUUUUAUAAAUAGUCACCUUCAGGGCAGCACAGUUUCGUUUAGCAGGAUGCCAUUGCUAACCUUUCUUUUUUGGAUUGUUUUUGGCCAGGACAGCUUGGGGUUGGUAGGCCUAUUCUCACAGCCAAAGAUAGUAUUCAGUGAUUCCUGUAACAUACACUGAUGUACACUGGAUGCUGGUGAGCAAGACGUGUCUCCAAGCCUUAGAAGAGACUCACUAUGUCUCCAUUUUCACUGCCCGUACGAGCUCAAGGACCACUCCAAAUGUAGUAACCAGGGUUGUGAAUCCUGAUGCACGCUGGUGAGGCUUCUCUUCAGAGCAGAAGGUGCAUAUGCAGUGGCCCUAACUGUGAGGCAGUGAUUCUGCCCCUCUCAGAAGGUCUGUCCUCUGUGGGGGCCACAUCUGAGGGAGACCCCUGUGACGCCUCGGGUGUUCAGUCACAACUCGAUCCAAUUCAAGGAUGUUUAUCAGCCUCUCUGUUAGACCCCUUGGA